AUGAGGGUAGGGAUAUAUGGGCUUGGUUAUGAUGAGUUCAUUCUUGAUUACAAGGUGGUAGGAUUCUUUCGUGGCACAAGUCGUUUGGUUCCCCAAGUGAAGGUCUAUACAUCAAGGACUGAUACUUGGAGAAGGAUUCAGGACUUCUCCUGGGAGAAACCUCUGGAAUCUACUAAUAAGACAUUCCUCCGCUUUCAUUCGGAAAGGCGGAAGUUAAGACGAAAAAGAAGAAUCGACCGUUCAACGAAGGAGACAUACAAGGAGGUGGCACAACCUAAGUUCGGAGAUGGUGUUUGCAGUGAUGCUAACCAUCGUCUUUAUGGAGAUGAUCCCGGGUUUUAUCAGUACUCAGUACCAUUGUGCGUCUCUAUGAAUGGUGAAAUUUUGUUGGAAAUCAGAUUAUCUUUAGAGUUAAAUGAUUCAAAAGAGAGUACAUUUAGGUAUCCUUCCAUUCCUAAUUUACAUUCUUUUCUCGAAGUGGAUACUUAUGUUGAGAGCCUUGUUUCACCUAGUGCCGACAAUGAGCUUCAGGAGUCCCAUUAA